CCGCCCGUUGCCCUGGCAACCGUCGCGCCGCGUCUUCCUGAGCCAGCUCUUGUAAGCCGCCUGAUCCCAGCGCCGGCUCCCCACGGCCCCGCGGUUUUCGCGUGGGCUCAGAGGCGGAGGGACAACAAAAAAUGGCGGAGCGGAGCCAGACGGCGCCUGAGGCAGGCAAUGAUAUGGGAAAUGAUGAUGCCAUCGGAGGGAAUAUGAGCAAAUAUAUGGUGCUUCCAGCUGGAUACUGUGGACAGCCCAAGAAAGGACAUCUUAUCUUUGAUGCUUGCUUUGAAAGUGGUAACCUUGGACGAGUGGCCCAGGUCUCUGAGUUUGAGUAUGAUUUGUUCGUUAGGCCGGAUACCUGUAAUCCACGCUUCCGAGUCUGGUUCAACUUUACUGUUGAAAACGUGAAAGAAUCACAGAGAGUCAUUUUCAACAUUGUUAACUUCAGCAAAACCAAGAGCCUUUAUAGAGAUGGGAUGGCCCCUGUGGUGAAAUCCACCAGCAGACCAAAAUGGCAAAGGCUGCCACCUAAAAAUGUUUACUACUACCGCUGCCCAGACCAUAGCAAGCAUUAUGUGAUGUCCUUUGCAUUUUGUUUUGACCGAGAAGAAGAUAUUUACCAGUUUGCUUACUGCUACCCAUAUACGUACACUCGCUUUCAGCAUUAUCUUGAAAGCCUGCAAAAGAGAAACAUGGAUUACUUCUUUCGGGAACAGCUGGGUCAGAGCGUGCAACAGCGGCAGCUUGAUCUCCUGACAAUAACCAGCCCUGACAACCUUCGGGAAGGGGCAGAGAAGAAGGUGGUAUUCAUCACAGGACGAGUCCACCCAGGGGAAACACCCUCUUCGUUUGUAUGCCAAGGGAUCAUUGACUUCCUCAUAAGUCAGCACCCGAUUGCCCGGGUCCUACGGGAACACCUGGUCUUCAAGAUUGCCCCAAUGCUCAACCCUGAUGGUGUCUACCUGGGCAAUUACAGGUGCUCUCUCAUGGGGUUUGAUCUGAACCGUCACUGGCUGGAUCCCUCUCCAUGGGCCCACCCUACCCUGCAUGGGGUGAAACAGCUCAUCGUCCAGAUGUACAACGACCCAAAAACAAGUCUGGAGUUUUACAUUGACAUCCACGCCCACUCCACCAUGAUGAAUGGCUUCAUGUACGGCAACAUCUUCGAAGAUGAGGAGAAGUUCCAGAGGCAGGCUGUUUUCCCCAAGCUCCUCUGCCAGAACGCUGAGGACUUCUCCUAUUCCAGCACAUCCUUCAACCGGGAUGCCGUGAAGGCUGGAACUGGCCGUCGCUUCCUUGGUGGGCUCCUGGACCACACUUCCUACUGCUAUACCCUAGAAGUCUCCUUCUACAGCUACAUCAUCGGGGGCACCACAGCUGCUGUGCCCUACACUGAGGAAGCCUAUAUGAAGCUGGGAAGGAACGUAGCAAGAACGUUUUUGGAUUAUUAUCGGCUGAACCCCCUGGUUGAGAAAAUGGCAGUACCCACACUGAGGCUGCGGAAAGAAAAACCCCCUCCUUACAAGUACCCACUCCUGCGGGGCCCAGCCAGCAACUACCCCAACUGCAAAGGGGACAAGAAGAACUCAGUGAACCACAAAGACCCUUCAAACUCUUUUUAAGUAGGUGAGGUCCAGGGAGGUCUUGUGGACACAGGAGCAUGCAUUCUCUGCUGGGGCAUGAAAUUAAUUACCCUUCUCUAGUUUCCAAGAUAAGGGAUGUGGGACAGUGAAUAAGCGAGUGAAAGGGAAGAAAAAAAUGAGAAAUUUCAUCAUUGAUUUUCCCUUUUGCCGAUGGAAAAUCAAUUGUGAGCCUUCACCUCAAGGUUUAGGAAUAAAAUAGGAGACUCAAGCUGGGCGAGUAGAGUUGUUAUUUUCCACAACAUAGAGCUCUUCACAGGAAGAGGAAAACCUACACAUCCCUUUUGAGAGGUUUGACAGGUCUCAGGUCAGUGCCUCCAAAGCCCCUUUACCUUUUAAAGUUGGAUAAUUACUACAGAUGGUUACCUUUUAGAGUAGACUGUGGUUGUUUACAAUUUUAGAAAUGCAGUGUCCAUGUUUGCUGAUCCAGAACAACAUCAAGAACACAUAUAACCCAGAGACAAAUGUACUGUUGGGAACAGUGGGACAGAAUUUUUUGAAAUCACAGUGGUCUUAAGACAUAUAGUCACUCUAUCUAUGAGCUGCAUGCUUUCUGACUCCCCCAGUUCCCAGCAUGCAGCUUCAGAAAACCAUUCUGCAUGCUGGGGAGUUUAAUUGAAGCUUCAGCUCCAAAGGCAAGAAGUAUUGGUCACUCAUUCCAAAAGGUUUGUCCUAGUUAGGCUCUCCAGAUCCCGGUGUCAGGGGUCAGAUUAGGCUAUGAGGUGGGCAUGGAUAAUCUGCAGGGGGGGAAGGCUGACGGCUGGAAGGGGAGGUGCAGAAGACAGAAGGAGGCGCCCCGAGGCGGGGGGAUGAUAAAAUAAAGCAAUAGCAGCAGCGAUUCCCAAGGUGGGGAAGUUAAUAUUGUGCAUUCUUCUAAAGAGUAAAGUGCCUUUAUAUGAUGAAUGGAUCCAGGGGAGUCUGUUCCCUUCCUGUCUGUGAAGCAGCAGGCUGAGUCACCAUGACAGCCUGCUAAUUAAAAUGACCUCCCAGAAAUGAGGAUUAUGAGAUAGGGAGAGGAAGGGAGGCUCAGGGGAGAUAGGGCCUUUAGCACAGAGCUCCAGUUAAGCAUUCUUUUGCUUUGGGUUGGAGAUGUUUGAAGUUUGUUACAGAAAUCGAGAGCAAAGCUUACUCUUUUGCUUACUGGUUUUCAGAAAUGAUAACAAAGAACCAUAUGUUUGUUGGCUACAAAUGUUAUGUUGUAUAUACAGCUCCUCCUCUGGGAUCUGUUGCCCAGAGGAACAUAAAUAAAGUGGUUUAUGCA